GAUCUUGCAAGUCUUUGUUCUAGACUAGCGUUUAAGUCCUCCACCUCAGAAGCUCACCGCUAACUGCACCCCCAGAUUCAGAUGUCCAAAUCUUCAUAAUGUCUGCCCGGCUUUCCAAGUUUCAGCGGGCGCUCGCCGCAUCGCCAUUCCUCAUCCUCGCCAUCACUUGCUACCGCGCCAUGGACAUCGACAAGAUCAUCGCGCAUCAACUUCCUCACCUGGAGAAGGGCAAAAUCGGAUGGGACGGCGGCUCUCUUCCAUUCAAAGACUUCUACCACAUAAAGUUCCUCGACGACUUAUGGAGAGGCACCACUGCGUCGUUCUCGCCUUCGACCUUCGGAUACGACGCGCUGAGCUGGUGGCAGAUGUUCACCUUCCUGCAGGACCUGGGGCCACUGUACGCAAUGUGGCUACUGGAGUCGUAUCGCGAGGGAAAUCAAGGAACGCCGGCGUAUUUUCCUACUAUCUUCGCGUCCGCGGGCCAGCUCUUGGGAAUAGGACCCGUCGCUUCGAUUUUUUGCUUCCUCUGCUUUGUCUUCGCUCCGAGGGCAUCGCAUUCAGUCCUCGGAAGCCCCGUUCGCACUCCCAACGCCUUCAUCCUGCAGUCAGUGCUGUUGCUUUUUCACACGCUUCCUGCGUUCGGCGCUUUCUUGUCUCCCACCCUCGAAGGGAAGCAUUACUGGACCUGGGCCUGGCAAAUGGCACCAUUAUGGGUCGGCGUAGGAAACACCUUCUUCAACUACCUUACAAAGGGUGCCGCACCUCGCAUCCCACCCUGGGUUCCUCUAGCGGCCAUGAGCGCUAUCUCCGCAUCAACUUGGAUUUACACUCUUCGCGCGUCUCCGUAUACCUUAUGGGAGAUAUUCAUACCCGAAGCCGCCGUACAGACCGAAUUCGAGCCGCACAUGCGGAAAGCCUUGCAACUGGACUCGCUAUUUGGCUUCGGUAGCGGGUAUCUCUGGUUGGUGUACGCGUUCUAUGACCUGUGGGCUGCAGGAUUUGUGGGCAAGCAGUGGAUGGUUGUAGGGGCACUCAUUCCGGUUUUUGCCAUUUGUGUCGGGCCUGGGGCUGCUCUGGCUAUCGGGUGGGUUUGGAGGGAAUCGGUGUUACAGAGGGUUGCUUGACCUAUGCAAACGCUCGGUUCAGCCUUCACGAGGAGUCACUUCACAGUCACUACUCAUGAAACCCGACUUCGUACCUGAUUGCAACGCUUUGACAAUGCUCCCGCCCCCACCAAGCCCGUCAACCGCCAAUAGAAGUAUACACUGUUUAAACUUCCUUUUCGAUAGUUCUCAUCACUACCUUCCUAUCCUCUCUUCUCGCCACGACCGCAAGAAGAAGUACUGAACCAUACAUCAUAGUACAAUAUCCCAGUA